AUGAAGUCUUUUGGAUUAUUGGCCGUCACAGCCUCGGUGGCUCUCGCCAACAGAGUCAUCGCAAGUCCUCUCACUACUAUCGAACCAUGCCCAAGUGCAACAGGCCAUGUCUAUGCUCCGAUCACCGUCACUUCGCAAUACCAACCGGUCUCGACCUGUGAGCCUACGACUGCCUGUGUCAAGGGAAAAUGCUCAACCAAAUAUCCUUUUGUCACCUACCCUUAUGUUUCGACCGUUGUUCCUUGCGCCUGGAAUGGUACCACGACCCAAAAGACCACUGUAACCGAAGUCGCCCAGCCCGUGAGGGUAUCUGAGUACCUCGAAACCCUAACUCACAUUACAUCUGUUCCACUAGUCCACAAGUUUCCCCUGAUCGACUGGUUCAAGAUGGUCCCUGCCACCACUGAAGAGGUCACGCUUUACGAAACGGUUACUCGACGAGCUGUUGCGCCUUAUAACGCGGUUGGGCCUCUCCCGAUCCCUGGCUGGGAAGGCAGCGGAUUGUGCGAGAAAUGCGUGAACCAUGAUGGCACCAAGUCUCAACUCCUUGAAGUUACUGAAUGUAGAAUCGGUACUGAACUCUCCGGUGAACAAUAUGCCAACUGUGUGGAAUGGUUCGAGACUUUGAUCGCUCAGCCUCCAAAGUCUCAGACGGCCCGAGGACACUGCUCAAGCUCGGGAAAGAUUGAACAUGCGGGCGUCUAUACCUGGACUUUCCCUCAGAUUGCUCCUCCUGUCACGGUCACGCAACCUCCAGUAACUGUCACUGUUACCGUCGACGGUCGCCCGCAAGUCUCUGUCCACCGGGAUGUUCGAGUCAUCCCUGGCAAGCCUUGGGAUGCCUUUAUCACCCGAUCCUUUUCCGGCCCCACCGUGUUCAAUUUCAAUGUCUACGUUACAAAGGUAUUCAUCAUCACUCUUCCUCAUUUCACUCAACCUGCUCAGAGUACUGUUACCGUGACUGUCCCAAGCGGUCCCCACAAUGGCGAUCCCGGGCAUGGAGGCUGGUGGCCAGUGCCUUCUGGACAUGGCAGCUGGAGUCCCUCGGAUGGCGGCAACAAUGCUUGGGAAGACUGGAAUCCAUCCACAUCGUCCACGACGACAUCGGCAAGAGUGUCCACAACCAGCACCUCCCAUGGCGGCUGGGGCACCAGUAGCACAGCGACCAGCUCCUAUUCGACCACUUCCUCUUCGGCCAGUCCUUCCUCCUCUUCGGCGGGUUCCUCAUCUGCAAGCUCUGCCUCGGCCAGUUCUUCAUCUGCAAGCUCCUCGAGUGCCACUCAAUCCGCCAGCUCCUCUUCGGCGAGUUCCUCAUCUGCAAGCUCUGUCUCUGCAAGCUCCUCGAGUGCAAGUCAGUCCUCGGGUAGCUCCUCUUCGGCGACUUCUUCAUCUACAAGCUCAGGUGCGAAUUCUUCGACGAGCUCCUCUUCUGAAACGUCUUCCUCGGCAAGCUCUUCAGCCAGCUCCAGUGCAAGCUCCAGUGCAAGCUCCUCGGCUGCAAGUUCCAGUGCAAGCUCUUCCGCUGGAAGUUCCAGUGGAAGCUCAAGCUCUUCUUCGGCUAGUUCCUUGCCAGUCACUUCCUCAGUCACCAGUACGUCAUCGGGCAGCCAAAGCACUGCGAGCACGACCGCAACAAGCAGCGCGUCAUCAACAACCAGUGUUGGUCCCAGCGGUACAGGGUUCUAUCUCCAAAUCAGCGGCAGACCGAUCAGCCGUCUUCGUGCAAGGCAAAAUGUUGUACGGUACCUUGGUUUUGACCCUCAAAAUAGAGGAAUUGCGGUGGAAGACCUGUCCUCUGCAGCCUUAGUGUUUAGAGGCACGGACGGUACCAGCUUCCUGUACAACAACCGAUUCCUUGGUACUGCAGUCAAGGCUCAUUCUCUUGUCCAAAGCUUCUUGGGAUUGCCUAGCGGAUUUUCUAUUUGGGAUAUCGUUGGGUCGCUUGCUCAACUUCGAGGCUCUGCUGGAUUUUGCUUCGAGAACGGCUUCGUUUAUGCCUACACUUCGGAUGAUGUCUGUGACAACCCCAUCGAUAUCAUUCCCACUAAUCCCAGCACGAGCACGAGCACAACUGUCGCCAGCUCUACCUCAGCCGUUUCGACCUCAUCUGGUGCCUCCACAUCGGCUUCCUCUGGAGCCGGCACUUCUUCAACGUCAUCGGGAGCGAGCACGUCUUCUGGCGCAAGCUCGUCGGGUGCGAGCUCAACAGGCGCAAGCUCUUCAGGUGCAAGCACAACUUCGGGCGCAAGCUCGUCGGGUGCGAGCUCAACAGGCGCAAGCUCUUCAGGUGCAAGCACAUCUUCGGGCACAAGCUCUUCUGGAGUUAGCUCGAGCGGGACAUCGACAUCAGAGUCGAAUAGUUCAUCAACAUCUGGCUCAGUGGGCUCCAGCACAUCAGGCUCAGCGGUUUCGACAACAACCGGAUCCUCCGUUUCAAGCACAUCUAACUCAGCGGGCUCGUCCACUACCGGUUCGGCCACUGCUGUAUCGUCAUCUGCGGGUUCAUCUACCAGCGAAUCCUCGACUUUAAGCUCAGGAGGUUCAUCGACUGGCACUACUUCAGGUUCGGGUUCAUCUACUAGUGGUCAAGCGACAUCAAUCUCAGGAUCGUCGACCUCUAGUACUUCUGGUGCAUCGGGUUCAACCACUUCGGGAUCAGGCGGCUCUAGUACUUCUGGUGCCUCGGGUUCAACCACUUCAGGAUCAGGCGGCUCGACGACAUCGGGCACGGCGGGUUCGUCGACCUCGGGGUCACAAACUCCGACAACAUCAGGUGCUGGAGGCUCAUCUACGACGAGUUCAGGUUCAGUCGCUGCAGGUUCAUCUACCACAGGCUCUGGAGGUUCUUCUACUGCGGGUUCGUCAACUGCCGGCUCAUCGACUGCAGGUGCAUCGAGUACCGGUUCAUCCACUGCAGGCUCGGGAGGUUCUUCGACUGCUAGUUCUUCUUCAGGAUCUCAAAGCUCGACAUCUUCUGGUGGAGGAAGCUCGUCCACUGCAGGUACUUCUACUGUCAGCUCAUCGACUUCAGGUGCAGGAGGUUCCUCCAGCGCAAGCUCAUCAGCAUCAUCCACCAUAACAUCCAUAUCUACACAAUCUUCAAGCACGACAAGUAGCGCCCCAGCCACAACCACUUCGUCCGGCCUUACAUGCAAUCUGAAUUUGAACAUCUGCCUGAACUCCCAGCUCAUUUCCGCCAACUCUGUCGCCACUUUGAACUGUCCUCUCCUUGGUGGUAUACUUUGCACUUUCAAUGACCUAUUGUCGCUUAUCCCUCAACUUCUGGGGCUGAAUUCCAACAUUCUCUCGGUCGUUGUCGCCAACAACCAGCUCAUCGGUUUGUCCCUUACGCCUCAACAGGUCUCAGCGGCCUUCGCCUCAGGUGAGCUGUCUGGCGUGUGUGACGCCUUGGGAGGUCCAGUUAGCGUUGUGAUUCGAGACCCAACCUGCCCGAACAGCCCGACCAGUUCCACAACAUCCGGUCCGGCAGGCUCGACUACAUCUGGGUCCUCGGGGUCUUCAUCGACUAGUGGACAAGCAACCUCUUCUUCCGGUUCAAACGCUUCAUCGAGCAGCGGUCAAGCGACAUCCACAUCAGGCUCGAACGGUUCAAGCACCUCUGGCGGCUCUGGAGGCUCGUCAACUAGUGGACAAGCCACAUCGACCUCUGGCUCUAACGGCCCAUCAACUUCAGGUUCAACCACAUCCGGCGGCUCUGGAGGCUCGUCAACCAGCGGACAAGCGUCGUCAACCUCCGGCUCAUCAACUUCAGGCACAAGCACAUCUGGCUCAGACGGUUCAUCAACCAGUGGACAGGCCACAUCGACCUCCGGCUCCAAUGGCUCAUCAACUUCAGGCACAAGCACAUCCGGCGGCUCUGGAGGCUCGUCAACCAGUGGACAAGCCACAUCGACCAGCGGACAAGCGUCAUCGACCGGCAGUUCGACUGGCAGCUCGUCGACACCCACGACCAUGGUGACUUCGACAACGUCCUUCACAUCCAGCCUGGGCGGUUCCAGCACAACUUCGUCGUCCACCUCAACGACUACGACCCCGGCCGUCGAAUGCAACGCCUCAGUACAAUUCUGCGCUCCCAUCGUUGUUGCGUGGACAGUCAAGAGCCAGACAUGUCCCGACGUCCUUGGCUGUACCGACGCUCAAAUGCAAGCAUUCGCGAACUCGUUCAUUGGUCUGCCGGGCAUCAAGUCCACUGCCUACGCCAACGGUGUCGCCUACGCUUUCAGUGUCACGGCCGCCGAGUUGCGGCGUCAGCUUGGUCUCCUGGGUCCCAUCAACACCCUCUGUACCGCCGUCGGCAUCUUCAAUCUGGCCAUCUCGGACACCACAUGCCCGGUCACACAACUGCCAGCACAACAGUGCAACUCGGACGUCACCUUCUGCCUCGGGGAGUCGGUCGCCAACGCCGGCAUUACCUCUGGAGCCUGCAGCAACGGACUGCUCCCUUGCACUACCACCCAGGUCAUCACCACCGCCAGGAACAGCUGCACAAGCUCGGGGACUUGUCUCGCAUACGGUCGCAACGGCCUCACGCCCAUCAUCUCGUCCAAGACUGUGGCCGAGGUUCAGGAGUACGUCGCCAACUAUGCCCUUUCUAACACUUGUCUUGUCGGAGGUACCACCAUCACGCUGAGUGACGCUUCAUGUCCGUGA